CAAAAACAAUACACAAAACGGUUACGGAGCACCACAUCUAAUCCUGUACAAGAUGUUCAGUACAGGUCUCCUGAUCCUCACACGCCCUCUUCCUAUACUCAGGGACAGCCUCUCGCCAAUGCUGACAGAAGUGGCAAAGAUUGUCGCCACAACUCUCUAUGUUCACAUACAACCCAACACAACUCGUGACAGUCAGGUGUUCACUGUGACCCGCACUCCAUACACCAAGGAACUCCGCACACUCAUAACUCAGCUGUAUACCUCUAGUGCAUCUGUCUGUAAUCACUUGGAUGUCAACAUUUUGUUAGGUCAUAUAUCAAACAACAGUUGCUUCCCUUGGGAUGUGAACUACAUGUUAAAGCCAAGCUGUGACAUAAUCCUGUUUGAUGAUGACCACUGGCUCGGAAAAGAAGAAACCACCAGAACUAAUCUAUUGGGACAUGUUUCCAGAAAAUUCCAGCAUGAUUGUCAGUGUACCCCUGCAAUUGAUGUAGUCAGCUUCAAUCUACAUCAACGUAAUGGGGAAGAUUUAUCAACACAAGAUAAUGUUCAGACUACAGAGUCAUUGCCUCUUAUUUCCAGUUUUGCCAAUACAGUUUUGGGUGGUACCUUCGAUCACAUACAUACUGGGCACAAGAUCCUGCUUAGUGAAGGAUGUCUGCUUGCAGACAAACGGCUAACAGUUGGUGUCACGGAUGGUGACAUGAACAACAAAAAGACGCUAUCUGAGCUGAUUCAGCCAAUACAGCCCAGAUUGGAGUCUGUGAGAAAUUUUAUACAGGAAGUUCGUCCAAAUAUUUGUGCAGAUGUGGUGCCUAUCUAUGAUGCAUUUGGUCCCACCAUCACAGACAGUGAUCUACAGUGUAUAGUUCUUAGUCAGGAAACUAAGAAAGGGGGACAGAUGGUCAAAGAUGAACGCCAAAAAAAGGGUUUUCCCGUCCUUGAGGAGUUUGUCAUUGAGCUAGUGGAAGAUAAGCAGCAUAAUCAAUAUGAGGAAAACAAAAUUAGCUCAUCUUCUUAUCGCAAACGGUUGUUGGGAACUCUAAUCAACACGCUGAAGAUAAAAGAAGAUUUACUGGCUGUGCCAUAUGUAAUAGGGCUGACAGGAGGAAUAGCCAGUGGAAAGUCAGCAGUGUGUAAACGUCUGGAAGCUUUGGGGGCUGGUACUAUUGACUGUGACAAACUAGGACAUGAAGUGUACAGGAAGGGUCGACCAGCCUACAGAAGGUUGGUGGAUGUGUUCGGAGAGUCCAUUGUUGAUGAGAACAUGGAAAUCAACAGAAAAGUGCUGGGACCAAUUGUAUUUAGUGACCAAGAAAAGCUAAAGAUGUUAAACUCCAUAGUCUGGCCAGAAAUUUCUAAACUAGCAGAGGAAAAGAUCCAGCAGUUCAGAAAAGGUAUGUUCAGAUACAACAUAUCCCUCAUGUUCAGCAGUUCAGAUACAGCGUGUCCUUCAUGUACAGCAGUUCAGAUACAGCAUGUCCCUCAUGUUCAGCAGUUCAGAUACAGCGUGUCCUUCAUGUACAGCAGUUCAGAUACAACAUAUCCCUCAUGUUCAGCAGUUCAGAUACAGCGUGUCCUUCAUGUACAGCAGUUCAGAUACAGCAUGUCCCUCAUGUACAGCAGUUCAGACACAGCAUGUCCCUCAUGUAUAGCAGUUCAGAUACAACAUGUCCCUCAUAUUAAGCAGUUCAGACACAGUAUGUUCCUCAUGUACAACAGUUCAGACACAGCAUGUCCCUCAUGUACAGCAGUUCAGACACAGCACGUCCCUCAUGUACAGCAGUUCAAACUCUACAUAUCCCUCAAGUAA